AUGCAGGCUUUUGGUCAUGAUGCUCAUGCAACUAUGCUUCUUGGAGCAGCCAGAUUGGUCAGCAGCAAAAAGGACUCUUUGAAGGGCACGAUCAAACUCAUAUUCCAACCCAGAGAAGAAGGUCAUGCCGGUGCGUACCAUACGCUACGAGAAGGAGCACUCGAUCAACUGCAAGCCAUCUUUGGCUUACAUGUUUUGCCACAUUUGGAAACCGGCAGCAUUUCUUCAAGGCCUGGUCCAAUGCUAGCGGGGGCUGGUAGGUUCUUGGUCACAAUACAAGGAAAAGGAGGGCAUGCCGCGAGCCCACACCUGACUGUAGAUCCUGUUCUUGCCGCUGCAUCUGCAAUUACCGCGCUCCAGCAUAUCAUUUCCCGAGAAACGGAUCCUCUUGAGGCCCGGGUCAUCACGGUGGGCUUCAUCGAGGGUGGCCAAGCUUUGAACGUGAUACCGGAGAUGGUCCGGUUUGGAGGAACUUUUAGGAGCAUGACUUCAGAUGGCUUGUAUAGUCUAAAAGAGAGGAUCAAAAAGGUAAUAGAGUUGCAGGCAGCCGUGCAUCGGUGCAAUGCGACAGUUGGCUUCAUGGAAGAAAAAAUGAGGCCAUACCCUGCUACUGUGAACGAUGAGGCAAUGUACAGGCAUGCGAAAGGCGUCGGUGAAGCCCUGCUCAGCGAAUCCUGA